AUGGCCAUGUCGAAGAAAUUCGCCGGCUCUCUCGCAGCGAACCGCAGCAAGAAGAUCCAGCAGCUGACAAAGAAGACCUCCACGGUGAAGCGCAACCGCAAAUCUCCCCGACUCUACAUGAAGGCAGUUCUUGCGGGGUACACGCGUGGUCUCCACGGCCAGAACAAGAACACCGCCAUCGUCCGUAUUGAAAACGUCAACACGAAGGAGGACGCCGCGUGGUAUGUUGGCAAGCGGGUGUGCUACGUCUACCACGGCUACAAGGUGAAGCGCUGUGUUCGCUGGAGCAAGGCUCCCGCCCGCCGCAGCAACACACGCGCCAUCUGGGGCCGCGUUACACGCCCUCAUGGUGGCUCCGGGUCCGUCCGCGUGAAGUUUAACGGCUCCUCCGUCCCUGCGUCGGCGAUCGGCAGGCGGGUUCGCGUCUACCUGUACCCCAGCCGCAUCUAA